AAAAAUGAAGAAUUGAUUUGGUAGGUAGCCUUCAUGGGCUUGGUUUCGUCAAUCUAACUACGAUGGGCUUAUGCAAUUAGGGCCCACUGGUGAAACCUUUCCUAUAUAACCUACCAAUCCUAAACCCUAAUCCGCUUUCACAGCUGUGUCAAAACCCUGUAAGAAAUCUCCUGCUCGUUGCAGUCAGCGCUUGCAAACUGCGCAAGGUGUCUCCGCGAUCAUGACUGCAGAAGCUGUGAACCCUAAAGCCUACCCGUUGGCGGAUGCCCAGCUCACCAUUACCAUUCUUGACUUGGUUCAGCAAGCCGCUAAUUACAAGCAGCUCAAAAAGGGUGCUAAUGAAGCUACUAAGACCUUGAACAGAGGGAUUUCUGAGUUCGUUGUUAUGGCGGCUGAUACGGAGCCGCUUGAGAUCCUUCUUCACCUUCCUCUUCUGGCUGAAGAUAAGAAUGUGCCGUAUGUUUUUGUCCCAUCUAAGCAAGCUCUUGGUCGUGCAUGUGGAGUUACCCGACCCGUUAUUGCCUGUUCUGUUACUAGCAAUGAAGGGAGCCAACUGAAAUCGCAAAUUCAGCAACUGAAGGAUGCGAUCGAGAAGCUCCUGAUCUGAUUGUGUAAAAGCGAUUUACAGCGUGAUGGGCCUCUGUAGCAAGCUCCGAGGCUUUGACUGAGCGGAUUUUUAUCCUAUAUGAGGAAUUGCCUCAAUUUUCGUUUUGUGUUUUUCUUUGAUCCAUCCAUCUGUAGUAUUGUUAUUUCAUGGGAGAGCUUCAUGUACCAUUGGGAUAUUAGAUUUUAAUGAGACUGAUAUGUUGAUUGCUAUCAUGGAUUGGUAAUAUGUGGAAUUUUUAUGNAUUUCAGA